CUGCAGCAGCAAGGGCUGACGGUAGCGCUAGGGAGUCGGCGCGCAGGUUAUGCGCCCUGCGCUGCGACUGUUUCUGUUCGAUCGUGUUUUGUUGACGUGGACGUGUGUUUACGUGUAGCGGUGACACAACAUACCACGUGCUUGGUCCGGAAGUUAUUUUUACUUUUUAACAUUUAAACUUGACCUUUUCGCACGGACUAUUACUGUAUCACACGGAAUUCUUCAAAUUUCGUAGGUUUUACCAGCAACUCUCUCAAACCAACUACAGUUCUGAUCAGUUCGAGUGCUUGGUCUGUAUACUCUCUACAAACUGCGUUGUGCUUUCUUCAUUCUUGUUAUAUUUGACUUUUUUGUAACUCAGUAUGUUGGAGAAUAUGUUUGGAAGAGGAGUACGUUUUUUUAAAACGUUAUCCGUUUUCCGACAUCCGGUGAAAACCAAGAAAACGAAAUUAAGGUAUGUUGGAGCAUUUGCAGUUGGCUGCAGCGUAGCCACGUAUGUGGCUUCCACGCACAAAGCAGAGAUGGCUAAGAAGAAGGUGAUGAAAGUGGACACAUCACACUUCAUGGCUGAGCCUUUGACCAGCAUCGCCAAGCUGUCUGAGAACCCGGAUGAUAUGAAAACUAAAAUAGAACUUUUGAUUAUGAAGAUACAGGCUGACUUCUGCCGAGCGCUGGAGGCAGAGGAGGACGUGGACGUGAGGUUCCGUGUGGACCGCUGGGAGCGUGCCGAGGGGGGCGGUGGCGUCACGUGUGUGCUGCAGGAGGGCCGGGUGUUUGAGAAGGCCGGCGUGAACGUCUCGGUGGUGACUGGGAAGCUACCGCCCGCCGCUGCACAGCAGAUGAGAGCCAGGGGCAAGUCGCUGCAGGAGGGGGAGCUGCCGUUCUUCGCGGCGGGGGUGAGCUCCGUGAUCCACCCUCGCAACCCCCUGGUGCCCACCAUCCACUUCAACUACCGCUACUUCGAGGUGCGGGAGCCCGACGGCUCCGUGCAGAGUUGGUUCGGAGGGGGCACGGACCUGACACCGUACUACCUGAGCGAAGAGGACUCGGUGCACUUCCACCGUGCCCUGAAGGAGGCGUGCGACCGGCACGACCCCAGCUUCUACCCGCGCUUCAAGAAGUGGUGUGACGACUACUUCUUCAUCAAGCACCGAGGCGAGAGACGAGGCGUCGGAGGCAUCUUCUUCGACGACCUGGAAGAACCUUCCAAGGAGCAGGUGUUCCAGUUCGUGAAGUCCUGUGCAGAGGCUGUUAUACCUUCAUAUGUGCCUUUAGUGCAGAGGCACAAGGACGACGCGUACGGCCUGCGCGAGCGCGAGUGGCAGCUGCUGCGGCGAGGCAGGUACGUCGAGUUCAACCUCAUCUACGACCGCGGCACCAAGUUCGGCCUGUACACGCCGGGCGCCCGCUUCGAGAGCAUCCUCAUGUCGCUGCCCCUCACCGCGCGCUGGGAGUACAUGCACAUCCCCAGCCCUGGCUCCAAGGAGGCCCAGUUGGUCGACGUGCUGAAGAGCCCCCGGGAAUGGUUGGUCGAUGAGAAGUGAGCCGCGGCUCUUGCAAUAUCGGUCGAGCGACUUAUGAUCAUGUUCCUUGAAUUUGCAUUUCCCCCUUCUGUUUGAAUUUUGAAUAUUUUAUGAGUUUUUAAAUAAGAGGUGUGCAAAUCCUCAAAUUGAGUUGGUUCGGUGUUGGUGUUACAUGAGUUCAGUGUUGCCAGUAAGAAUCAGGACGUCAUUUAUGUGGGGACCAUUAGACAGUUCUUGGACUGUGGUGCUAUCUAAAAAGCACAGACUCUUUGCGACAGUGAUUCCAGAUGUCUUCCGUGUCUCAGAAGCAGUUUGCAUAGUAUUUUCCUGCAUGCUUUGGAGUACAGUCUUUUAAUUCAUUUGAAUAUUGGGUGCUGGUUUUCAAUUUCAGUUAGAGUGACAUGCAACUAUCAGAAAGCAAUAACACUGACUUUGAGUGCUGUGUUGGUGGCUGCAUUGCUUUGAUGGAGGAGAGUUCUAUGUAUUUUAAGCAUAUAUUUUCCCUCAGAACCUCAGACCUCCAUAGUUGAAGUGGUCUGUUGUCAUCACUGAAAUGUUUGGACAGCCUACACGAACUUGAACCUUUUGGCUCAAAAUACAUUUUAGAAUGGUUUAUAAAGUAUUGAUUUUUUACUGCAAAAAAUAUAUUUAAUAAGCCUAAUAUAUUUUGUUUAGACAAUCUGUUACUGUCAGAGCACCAUUAUACAGUCAAACCUUAUUAUUACAAAUCUGAGGGUGAAGGGACCGUAAUUUUAGCAAUUUGUAAUAACAAGGUUUGUAUUAAUCAAAUUGUUGGGAAAUCAUCAUGACAAAAAAAAAUAUUGAUUUAACUUCUAAUGCUUAUAAUUACUACCUUAAAAACAACAAGGUUGGUAGUAUGCAUAACAUGCCAACCACUGCUGAACGUAAAGUCAGAAAUCCCUAACUUCAGUGCUAAGUAAUAUGCCUUUUUCUGCAUCAUAGGUCCAAAAAUGGGCAAGUUUGGUGCACACAUUUCUCGAUACCAAUGCAACAAGGUAGCUUGUUUUGGACCUCAUGUUCUUUUUCUAGUUGAUAAUCCGCAAGAACUCGUAAAAGCUGAUUAAAUUUUUUGCAAUAUUUUAAUAUUUUUGACAAGGAUGAUAGCGAGAUGUUAAUUUCUCUAGAAAUUUCAGUUUUUUUUUUUCUUUCUCCAAUGUCAACUUCUUUGAUCAUUUUAAGUUUAACUUGCAGUGUAAGAUCAUUAAGUUUACGUUUUCCAGUUAUUUUAAAAUACAGUACCUACUCAUAAUUCAGGUUAUGGCAUGCGUGCAAACAAAAGAAAAUACCUGAAAUUAAUACCAUAGAUUAUCUAAACUUCUUGGUAUAUCCACUUCCGACAACUUAUAUAAAUAAAGUAUAGAGUACCUUCCUUUUAGUGUUCAGUUUCCAAAAUGGCAUCAUUUCUAGUUAAGUUAACAUCACCAUUAAUGUUACACUUUUCAUCUUGGUUUUUCAACAAUUUUGCGCUGUCGAAUACAUACAUACAUCUUUGGAGAAACUUUUUAUUUUAUUUUAAGAUGAUUAAAAUGUGAUUUUUUUUUAUAACCUGGGCAGUGGGAUUCGUAUUAACCGUUUACUUAUGCUAGUAAACAACAACUUUAGGGACCAAAACAAUUUUUUAUUUCAUAUUAAAAGUAUUUUGUAUUAAAAGUACUGAAUAACAUAGAUAAGCAUACUGUAUUUUCUGGACCGUGAAAGUACUUCACAUAAACCGGAUAUUCGUACUAAGAGGAUUCGUAUUAAUGAGGUUUAUCUGUAUUUUGAUCAAAGUAAAACUUCCAGAUACUAUCCUAAGUAUUUACAGUAUUAACAGAUUAGCUGUAAUACCUGUCAUGACAACACCAGUUUUAAAAAUUUGUUUGUGGAUUAAAUUUUCAGCAAUUUGGGGGAUUCAUUUAAAGACACAUGUGUAAUUUUUGUGGGAUUCCAAAUAUUUUAGUAAACAAAAGCAAAGAAAUUAGAAGUUCAAGCACACUUGAAACAAUGCCAUUCAAAAUAUUGGAUAUUUGCACACCCCUGUUAGGAUGUGUACGGGUAGAUAAUGUGAUUGAGUGUUUUAUUUUUUUAGUUGUUAGAUUAGAGGUGGUCUUAAAAGUACAUAUACCUGACGUAAUGUAACUUUUGACAGCUUCAUCCUUAGUUCAGUUUGAAUGCUCAGUUUGUGGACUAGACAGUUGAGGCAGUGUAGUCACUUGUCUAUGGUAGAGGAGACCGGUAGUAAUAAAUUAGGCUUCUGCGAGCAGACGAUUUUCACUUCGAGUCGAGCUCGAGCGAGUUUGCUAAAAUACUCGCGAGUAUCGAGUCGAGUUCGAGUUUUUUUUUAAAGUUUAUUGCACAUAAAUUUACUGUGAUGGAGUAAUAAAAUGUGAGAACUUUUGAGAAAAAUAUGGAAAUAAAAAAAGAAACCAUUAUCAUUGUUAGCCUACUAAAUAGAUAGACCUACAUUAGAGGUCUGCAAGCCUAAGAAUUUUACUUUGAGCCAAGCUCGAGCGAGCUUACUUGAAAGUUCUCGAAGCUUGAGCUUUUGUGAUACAGUUACACUUUUGGGAAAUUAUUUUUACCUUAAACUUAGUAGGUAUAAUGUUUGAAUAAAGUAUUAAAAUGAAGUGGGCUUAUUAAUUUUGGGUAACUAUUUACAGAGUGCUUUUAUAAUUUGCACUGCUAGGAAAAAAAACAUGUUUUCCAUUGAAUCUAACCUGUUUCCAUUGGUUCAUUAGCAACUGAUAUCAUCCAACUAACAUAACCACAGUUUACAAGUACGUAUAUGUUUGUGUAAAUGUAACAUAUCUUUGGAAUAAUUUCAUCCUUGUCAAUUUUUCUGGAGUCCUUACUGAGCUUCAACUAACUGAGCACCAAAAAUCAUGUUGUUUGAAAAGUACAUUCACAUUGUUUCAACAUUUCCACUUUUCAGCACAAAAAUUCUGAGAGAUAUUGUCAUAGAGUAUUAAAUUCUGUUCUUCAAUCUAUCAUGCAGAAAAAUAAUUUGUUCUGCACGUUCAGGAGUUAAAUUAGCUCUACAAUUGGAGAUGGUGUUUACAGCAGAUGAGAAGCAUUUCUCGCUGGCAACCUGUGUGGCUGGAAUACUUUAGUAAAAUUGUUGGUAAAUAUGUAGAGUCGCGGUAUAUGCGGAAAAAAAAUGCUAAAAUUCCGAAAAUACUUUUAUUCUAUGCUCUUUCACUUCCUCUUUUCAAAUCAACCGGCGGAGAUAAGAAAUUCCAAAUACUUUAGGAAUAUCGAAUUUUUUAAUUUUCAUCACAAUACCUGGGUAUUCAUGCGGCGAUCACCAUUGUUUCUGGUUUACGAGUAUCUAUUAUGUUUCUUAUUGGACAAUUUUGUCACGUGACAGUUCCGUGAUUGGCCAGUAUUCAAAUGAACCAAUACGUGAUUAUUUAUUUAUUUAUUAAUGUUCCGUCGGAGGUAUCGCGACGUAGGUGAACGACUACAUCAUUUCCUUCUAAUGGCAAAGGAAAUGUACCCGCCUCCAACUUAGGUGGGUUUUUAACGUUUCUAAUUUUAAAGUCUUAUUUUUUAUUUGGAUAUUGUUGCGCAAGUAAUAAGUAACAAAAAUAUUUUACGUGAGUUGUUAAUGUUCAUCAUUUGUCCGGGUUUGUUAGGUCAGGUCAGUUACAUUAUAAAUACUUUAAAACUAAAGAACCAUUGAAAUUAAUUCACAUUAUUUUUUAUGUCCGCUUAGUUUGAAAGUAUUAAUAAUGUAACUGACCUGACCUAAUCGACCAUUUUAUUUAUUAAGCAUUCACGAACAUACGGCAAAAUAACAAAAAUGGCGUCGGUCUAAUGGUUGUACAGGUGUUGUAUUGCAAAAUUAAAAAAUUCUAUAUCUCCUAAAGUAUUUGGAAUUUCUUAUCUCCGCCGGUUGAUUUGAAAAGAGGAAGUGAAAGAGCAUAGAUUUUUAGCAUUUUUUUUCGCAUAUACCGUUACUCUACAUAUUUACCAAAUUGUUUAACCUCAAAAUUAGUGUCAAAUAUCUGUAACUUGUCAUUAAGUUUAAUCAAUUUAAAGUAAUAAAAAUAGAAGCAUUUUACUUAAUUCAAUUUACACUUGCAAAAAAAACUUACGCACAAUAAACCUACAUGGAAAUUAAAGUCUUUUUCAAUGUCCUGUAGUCUGAAAUAUGUUUACUCAUGUCAUCAAAUGUAGAGCUGUACUGAAGAAGCCGAUUUUGCCAAUAUUUAGUUGAAUCGGCAUUUCUGCCAACUUCCAAUACUCUUGUUAAUUUUCGGCCGAUAUUACUGAAAAACGAAAGAGAGACUGCCAUAACCUAAAAAUCCACGAGUACCCUUUUCACUUUUCGUAGUAGUACUGCAUUCUUUCAGAUCACAUUAUUUCUUAGCAACAUGUGCCAACCGUACAUAUCAAGAUUUAACAUACUUUUUUUUUCAAUAAUGUUCUUUAAUUUUAAUAUGUCCUAAAUAAAUACAUUACCAUCACGGUAAAUACACUUCUCGGUUAUUACGGCAACUAUAGUGCAAAUGUGGUAACUAUCAUGCUUCUGCAGUAGUUAUGGUAUCUACAAAGAAUCUUUAGUUCUUUUUAUGGUAAUUAUCUUAAGAUAACUAUUGGAAUUGUACUGCAGUUAUGGUACAUCAUCCAUAUUUCUUCGUAAGUUGUUGUUCAUUUGUCUUUUCUUCAUAUUUAUAUUUACGUGCGCCAUUACUGGCAGGAACUUUCAUAAAAUUUUUAAACGGGAAUUUAUAUCACACAUUUAAUGGCGUAAAUGAUGAGACCCCGGACAAUUUAAACGCUUUUUACAGUAAAAUGCGGGAAAUGUUUCUGCAUAAAGCGGGAAAUACUUCCGCAUAAAGCAGGAAAGUGAUACAUUAAUGCUAUGCGGAAAAUUAUAGAAGUAAAAAAAAUUAAUCACGGAAAUUCGUAAAUCCCGGGUACGUAAAAAUGAUGUGUUCAUGUAUACGGUCGAUCAUGUUACAUUAUAAAGUAAAGGAUAAUAGUGUUGUAAGACUUUUAUUCCGAUAUAAUGAGAGGUUUUUUUUCUAUAGGUAGAGUGCAAGAAAAGCUCGCUCGAAUUUCGAGUUGUUGAAAACCACGAGCUCGAGUUCGAGUAUUACUAAAAAACUCGACUCGAAACUCGAAUUUCGAGUACUCGCAGGUGUCUAUAAUAAAUAGUAGCACAGAGUCCACUUUCAAGUCAAUUCAUGUUACUGCAAUGUUUUCUGCACUUGGGUCUUAUGUCCAGAAGUUUUGUUUGUGGAUGAAUUACAUGAUGAAUUGCUAACACGUAAGUAUAAAUAUACAUGUACCUGUUAGUUUUCCUGAUGGUGCUAGGUACUAAUGUAUUGCAUUUAAUAAUUGUUAUUUACACGCUGUAGUUUUUCAUAAUUUGUUUAGUGUUUACUUGUUUUGGAAUGUUUUUCGUAUGGUUGCUUUCUUAAGAUUUAUUGUUUUACCAUUUUACACUGUUAGUUUAUUACAAAAUAAUACUAACUUCAGUGGUUCAAAAUAAAAAUUUACUUUAUCAGCUGCGUUUUGGCGAACUUUCAAGCAAUUAGUAUAAUCAAACCUUUGUACUGAUUUGCAAAAGUUAUGAAAUAUCAGGCAAGUCAAAGUAUUGAGUGAACCGAAGAUUCACUAAACAUGUACAUUUUACAAUUGAAAAACUAUCAAAAGCAUUCAACUUUUAGUGUUAAAACUUGUCAUGUAUAUUUGUGUGUAUAUAUAAUUUUUUUUUUAAUCCUACACUAACAGUCUUAGCUAAGCAAUGCAUACAUUUUAGGGAACGGAUACAACCUACUCUGUUAAAUUAAUCACAGUAUAAAUAUGUUAAAAUUUUAAAGAAAGUAGUUAGUGAUAAAAUAAAGGAUGUAUUGUUAAGUUUUUGAAAUAUAUAUAUGGUUUUGAAUUA